AUGCACACGGAAUACCAAGUGGCGGAGCUGGAGUGGGAAGCUGCAAACCUUAGCGACACGCGGAAUAAAAUACACACGGAAUUUGGAUUGGAAGACGCAAGUGUUGCGAUCGAGAGAGAUCCCUCUUGUAAAGGUCUUGUGGAGAAGUCAUACUGUGGAAGAGGCUACAUGGGAACCCGAGGACCAAAUGCGGGAACAAUACCCUUACCUCUUCGAGUGACAGCCUCAGUCGUCGCCGACCUCGGAGCUCAUCGGAAACUGGAGAAAAACCCGCCGGUUUCAAUCGAUUUUCACAACCUUCAAUCUCCGUCGUCCGGCUACCAAAUCGGGCGAUCAAAGUAUGGAUUCCUACCUAUUUUUCGUGACUUAGCUGCUGGUCCAAGAACAAAAGUGGUUCCAAAUUGGGUGUUUUACCUAAGUCAGGAGUUUGGGCCGGCGGUUUGGAGUUUUUCCGGCCACCGGAAAUUUCUCAAGCCACCCAAGUUGCCAGCUCGUGUGGCGGCGCGUGGGCAGUCUGGAGGGGACCACUCUCAGUUUCAGAAUGAUCCUCGCACUCGGGCACCAGUUGACCCGCAGGAGGGACCUUCCAAAGGUCCAGCGAGCUCGGACCAACCAUAUACAGAUGUUGCCUUCGGAUAUGAUGAUGUCCACGGACAUCUAGGUUGCCUUCGGAUUUUAUCAGUUGUCUUCGGUUUAGUCAGCAUGCUUGACAGUUGCCCCACGAGUUCUAUGGUACCCGGACUUGUGUGGAGCGAGGACGCGGAUCAGGUUGACCAAGGUCCCCUGAAUCCUGCGAGGUUGCAGCUCGGAUUGACUUUGUGUCACCGAGACCUGCGAGGACGUGUCACCAAUGGUGAUGCGAGGGGAAUUGACGGAUAA